GUUAAGGCUCCUGCCGGGAAGAAAGCCGGUUAGAAUCUGAUCCCGCAGAACAGGAGACCCAGGAGCCGCCCGCCCGCCCGCCCGCCUCCCGGUGCCGUGUCGCUGCAGCGCUGCGCCAGGGCGGGGCGGGCGUCGGAGGCGGCGGCGGCGUGGGCGCUGUGUUGCAGGUGUGACACCCGCGGACUCCUGCCUCUGUCGGGAUCGCCAGGGCGGACGCUGCUCCUCGGGAACCCGGUGGCGGUCGCUUGCUCGUGGAUUUCCGCCCGUGGACUUCCCACCCAGGGCAUAACCUUCAGUAACAGAACGAAUCAGGCCACUCAGCAAGCUGCCAGUUCCUGCCAGCACCUUGUUGAGGAGCCCAGCUGGACCCAUUUCUAAUCAACAUCUCCCCCACGCUGCCCCCCCCCCCCAACACACAACAUCUCUGGGUCACUGAAGGAAACCAGACCAGAAUUCGAAAAUUUUCAGACUUCCAAUAGACAUUGUGUGCCAAAGGAUACUUAGGUUGCCUUGCACAAAUCUGCUCUAAUUGAGGGACACAGCGGGGAGAAUACAGGUGUUACUUUUACCUAAGAAGUCACACAAACACAUUCUCCAUUUACACCUCUGCACACAGAAUGGAUGAUGGUUAUUGAAACAGCCCGAACCUCUACCACGGUGCACAAGAUAUAGCUUGAGAGGUGACCAGGCGGCCGCGGGACCAAGGAAUGGAUGCUUAUAAAUAUCAGGACAACUAUGAGGGCUAUGCCCGCACGGAUGGUUAUUAUCCCGGCAAUGAGUCCAACCCAGAGGAGGAUGCGCAGAGUGAUGUUACCGAAGGCCAUGAUGAGGAGGAUGAGAUCUACGAGGGCGAGUACCAGGGCAUCCCUCACCCGGAUGAUGUCAAGGCCAAGAAGACCAAGAUGGCGUCCUCCAGGGAGGAUGACCUUCGGGGCCAGGCGGACCUGAUAGCUGAAAGGAUGGAAGAUGAGGAGGAGUUGGCUCAUCAGUAUGAGACCAUCAUGGACGAGUGUGGCCACGGGCGUUUCCAGUGGAUCCUGUUUUUCGUCCUGGGUUUGGCCCUGAUGGCUGAUGGGGUAGAGGUGUUUGUGGUGAGUUUUGCCCUGCCCAGUGCAGAGAAGGACAUGUGUCUGUCCAGUUCCAAGAAAGGAAUGCUUGGGAUGAUAGUCUACCUCGGAAUGAUGUCGGGGGCCUUCGUCCUGGGGGGCCUGGCCGACAAGCUGGGGAGAAAGAGAGUCCUCAGCAUGUCUCUGGCCCUCAACGCCUCCUUCGCCUCCAUCUCCUCCUUCGUGCAGGGUUAUGGAGCCUUCCUCUUCUGCCGACUCAUCUCGGGCAUCGGUAUUGGUGGCGCUCUGCCCAUUGUGUUUGCCUAUUUCUCUGAAUUCUUGUCUCGGGAGAAGCGAGGGGAGCACCUCAGUUGGUUGGGGAUCUUCUGGAUGACCGGGGGCAUCUAUGCGUCUGCCAUGGCUUGGAGCAUCAUUCCGCACUAUGGCUGGGGCUUCAGCAUGGGCACCCACUACCACUACCACAGCUGGAGGGUGUUUGUCAUCGUCUGCGCUCUGCCCUGCACCGUGUCCUUGGUGGCCCUGAGGUUCAUGCCCGAGAGCCCACGGUUUCUGCUGGAGAUGGGCAAACAUGACGAAGCUUGGAUGAUUCUCAAGAAAGUCCAUGACACCAACAUGAGAGCUAAGGGGACCCCGGAGAAGGUGUUUACGGUGUCGCACAUCAAGACUCCCAAGCAGAUGGAUGAGUUCUUUGAGAUCCAAAACGCAACAGGAACUUGGUACCAGCGCUGCCUGGUCAGAUUCAAGACCACUUUCAAGCAGGUCUGGGAUAAUGCUCAGUACUGCCUGCUGGGGCCUUACAGGAUGAACACGCUGAUUCUGGCUGUGGUCUGGUUCACUAUGGCCUUCAGUUACUACGGCCUGACGGUUUGGUUCCCCGACAUGAUCCGGUACUUUCAAGAGGAAGAAUACAAGUCCAAGAUGAAGGUAUUUUUCGGCGAGCACGUGUUCGGAGCCACCAUCAACUUCACGAUGGAAAAUCAGAUCCACCAGCACGGCAAGCUUGUGAAUGACAAGUUCACAAAGAUGUAUUUCAAGCAUGUUCUCUUUGAAGACACGUUCUUUGAUGAGUGCUAUUUUGAAGAUGUUACGUCCACGGAUACCUAUUUCAAAAACUGCACCAUCGAAUCCACCAUCUUUUAUAACACAGACCUCUAUGAGCAUAAGUUCAUCGACUGUCGCUUUAUCAACUCGACCUUUCUGGACCAGAAGGAGGGCUGUCACAUGGACUUGGAACAAGAUAACGACUUCCUGAUUUACCUGGUCAGCUUCCUUGGCAGCCUGUCCGUCUUGCCGGGGAACAUCAUCUCCGCCCUGCUCAUGGAUAGGAUCGGGAGGCUCAAGAUGAUCGGUGGCUCCAUGCUGAUCUCGGCGGGCUGCUGCUUCUUCCUGUUCUUCGGCAACAGCGAGUCGGCGAUGAUCGGCUGGCAGUGCCUGUUCUGCGGGGCCAGCAUCGCGGCCUGGAACGCUCUGGACGUGGUCACCGUGGAGCUGUACCCCACCACCCAGAGGGCAACCGCCUUUGGCAUCCUCAAUGGAUUAUGCAAAUUUGGAGCCAUCCUGGGAAACACCAUCUUUGCUUCUUUUGUUGGGAUAACCAAAGUGGUCCCCAUCCUUCUGGCUGCCACUUCUCUCGUUGGGGGCGGCCUGAUUGCUCUUCGGCUGCCAGAGACCCGAGAGCAGGUGCUGAUGUGAACCGGCCACGGGGAGAGGAAAUGUUGGAAGAACCUUUCCCGGGGACCCUCAGGGCAUCCACACUUCCUGUCUGUCACCGCCCAGAGGACUUUGGAAACACCGGAGGAGAUGUUGACUUUGCGACCCCUAAUCUAGGACCCAUCUCAGCUUUAAGAUGUUGGUAACUCAGGUGACCGAUGUGGGGUGUCCUGAGCUGCCCUGGUAAUCAUGGAGCUGUGUGCUUGGUUCUCGGUUGCCCCAGCCCAAGGCAGGGGAGGAGGAGUAACACCCCCCAGGGGGGUGCGUGCUAAGCAAGGAGGUGCAAGGACAUCUUUGCACUUGAAGGUGGAUUUGAGCAUGAGGACACUCAAGCUCCUUCAUAAAGUUCUUCGGAGCCCAGUGACCUCACAACACGUUAACUGGGCAAGAAGUUAGCGUCAUCGUAUAAAUAUUGGGCUUGAAGUACAGGGUCCAUAUAUUUUUUUGGCAUUGAAAAGAAUCACCUAUCAUAUUUUCCAUUUGAAAAUUGGCACCACCACGGGGAAGAUACGCUGAUAUAGAAAAACAAAUAUUUGAGCAUUAUCUAUAGAAACCUACUCCCUACCCCAAAUGUCCUGAGCUUUUCAGGACGAUUAGGUGACACAUUUAAGAAAGAUAUUUAUCCCUUUUCGAUCUAGUCAAAGAAACCUAAUGGGAUAGGUAUUCUGUGAAAUAACUUUGUACAUACUCUACUUGGUUUUCCUUUGCAGACAUGGUUUCUGCAAACAUUUGCCAGCAAUUAUAGCCAUAUUUCGGGAGGACUCGGGGAUUGAGGUCCCAGGAAACUGGGUCCGAUGGAAUGAAAUGCAAGCACAAUUUCUUAUAGCCAUUCAGCUUGCUGUGGGGAGAUGCGCUCAGCAGACCCACAUCGCACAGUUUGUGGAGUCUAGACACGUCCCUUCGUGUAGCCUCUCUCACACUGAUCGCUUGUGAAACUCAGGCUCACUGUCUGCGGUCUGGGAUUUGACGUUGCUGCUUCCCCAGAACAACAUGGGACGUGCUCAGUGGCCCCUGGUGUCUGUGGGUGAGCAUCAAACACGGUAGACAACACGCGGGAUGGAGGGAGAAGGGAAGUGUCCCCACAGCUCUCCAAAGCGCUAAUUCUCCCUGUUCCUUUCAGCAGCAAGACAUGACCCAGAUUUGGUCCCAUGAGAAACCUAUGCUUUGUGUUUUGGUCCAGGACUUUUUUUUUU